AUGAUGGAAUCACCUCCACUGUUUAAUAGUGUUGAAGACGAAUGUCGUUAUUGGAAGGAAAGGGCUAAACUCUAUCACAAAGAGUGGACAGAUGUUAAGCAGGAGUAUGACGAAUACGUUGAGCAAUCACGUGAAAUGGAAGCCGAAAUGGAUGCUACUAUUGAUCAAAAACAGGCAACAAUUAAAGAUCUCAGAUUUAAAUUAUCAUCAGUGGAAAAAGAAAAUGAAUCACUUAAGAUCAAACUCGAAUCACAUAGUAUGGAAUUAAAUAGCAUUGAAAAACAAUUGGAAAAUAUGAAAAAAGAACGAGAUUCCAUGAAAGAUACCUGCGACAAUCUUAAACAAGAACUUAAUGUGAAAACACGUUACACCUCCACAAACGGAACACAGAAUGGCGGUCUGGUGGUGGGUUCUGGUUCUGAAGUUACCACACCCAAUGGCAUUAAUGGUGAUAUAAUGUUGCAGUCGCACGAUACAGCAGCCCUUAAUAAUACCAAUACGUUAGGAACAACAAAUAAUACAGCAACAAAUAUUAAUGAUUAUCAAUUACAACAGCGAAAACCAUUUGCCGAUCCGGAUAAUUUACUUAAUGGUAAUGCAAUGACUGCUAGUUCACGUACGACAGCAUUUAACAUUGUCACUGAUAUGCUCAGAAAAUUAAAUUUGGAUAAAGCACUUUUAUGUCCUCAAUGUGAUCGUUUUAGUUGUAUAUGUGAAAGAACGAAAGUCAACACCACCACAAAUUCCACCACUUUCUCCUCCACCAACAAAACAUCUAAGGCAAAUAAUGAUGAUACCCAAAUGUCGUCGGUGUCAGAAGAUGCCCCCGACAAUAAUAAUGUUUUAUUGCGUCGCUCCACCAGUCGCAGUAAUACAAGUUUAAAUUUUGGCUCAAACAUUUUUAAACGUUUUGCUGAACGCAUGAGUUCAAAUAAUAAUAUUUUUGCGGCACUUUAA